AAAAGACACGCAGCCAUGGCGCUCCGCACAUUGGCCUCGAAGAAAACCCUAGCGGCGGCGCUCGGCGCCGCCAGGCCGCUGGCGACGAGGGGGGUGGCGACGUUCACGCUCCCCGACCUCCCGUACGACUACGGCGCGCUGGAGCCGGCCAUCUCCGGCGAGAUCAUGCGCCUGCACCACCAGAAGCACCACGCCACCUACGUUGCCAACUACAACAAGGCGCUCGAGCAGCUUGACGCCGCUGUCUCUAAGGGCGACGCUUCCGCCGUCGUCCAACUCCAGGGCGCCAUCAAGUUCAACGGCGGCGGUCAUGUGAACCAUUCAAUCUUCUGGAAGAACCUCAAGCCUGCUAAUGAGGGUGGGGGUGAGCCACCUCAUGGCAAACUUGGCUGGGCCAUUGAUGAGGACUUCGGUUCUUUUGACAAGCUUGUAAAGAAGAUGAAUGUGGAGGGUGCUGCUUUACAAGGAUCUGGAUGGGUGUGGCUGGCGUUGGAUAAAGAGGCAAAAAAGCUUUCAGUUGAAACUACUGCUAAUCAGGACCCUCUGGUGACUAAAGGAGCAAAUCUGAUUCCUUUGUUGGGGAUUGAUGUCUGGGAGCACGCGUACUACCUGCAGUACAAAAAUGUCAGGCCAGACUACUUGAACAACAUCUGGAAGGUGGUGAACUGGAAAUAUGCUGGCGAAGAAUACGAAAAUGUGGCUGUGUGAUACUAUGUCUGAAUAGGCGUUGCUUUGCUCUUUGCUUGCCGACUGUGUUGGAUCUUUAUAAGCAAUAAAUGCGUAAUGCACAAUGCAGAUUUUGCGUUCUUGUUA